CGCGACUAACGUUAGGAAUUUAUUGAAGAACAGUCUAUAUUGUGAUAAACAAUGGCUUUUAUGUUGAAACACAUGAUAGGAGGGCAGCUGAAGGAUCUUACCGGGGGUCUAGAAGAGAAACCUGAAGGGGAAAAGACUGAAGCUGCGGCGAAAGGAAUGACCCAAGAAGAGUUCGAGCAGUACCAACAACAGCUGGCGGAGGAGAAGUUGGAAAGAGAUGCCAACUUUGCCCAAAAGAAGGCAGAGCGAGCCACAGUCAGGAGCCACUUCAGAGAAAAAUACCGUCUUCCUAAAAGUGAAUUGGACGAUACUCAAAUUCAGGCUGCGGCUGAUGACGUAGAGCUGCCCACUGAACUGGCCAAGAUGAUCGCUGAAGACAACCAAGAAGAAGAACACAAGCAGUCAGUCCUCGGCCAGAUCACCAACAUUCAGAACGUGGACAUGGACCAGCUGAAAGAGAAGGCCCAGUCCACCCUCGAGGACCUGAAACAGACUGCCGAGAAGUGUGAUGUCAUGUAGGACACAAAAAACAAGGAUCAGAGGUGAUUUU